UGACACAGUUGACAAGCGAACGCAAAAAAAGCAACAUCAACGCAACGCCAGUGCUUUAGUGUAAUUAGUAAAGUGCGGUCUCGAAAUCACACGAAAUCACACGAAAUUAAAAAUUUAAAUUUCAGUUUUUCAUAUUUGAAAUAGUUCGUUUUUACAAAAUGAAAGUAGUUUGUGCUUUAGUUAUAUUUACUGCCGCCAUAUUCGGUUCUGCGAAUGCGGUCGAGCAAGUAUUUGAUACAGUGGAAGAGCACUUGCGCUUGGGACAAUUUGGUCAAGUAUUCUCUUCUGAGAAAGGUUUUGAGCAAGUCUUUGGUGUUAUUACGCCUACAGACUCAAUAUUGGGCCUGACUACAGUGCAAGCGCGCUUUCGUUUGGGUCAAGUAGUGACUGCCGAUUAUACAUUUACGGGUGCUACUGCAACAGCCAGAGUCGUAGGCAUCAGAGUGAGAGACAACAAACGCAUGGGAAAAAGCCCCGCUGUCUCAAUAACAAGUGGGGCACUAGGUUCAGCCACUAUCACCCUAAGGUUUACGUCACAACGCGGCUUUGGUAUCAACAGUGAGGUUACUGUCUAUGGCACACCAUAAGUUUCUAUGCUAUAUCGAAUGGAUUAUAUUCCUUUUGUUAAUGCAAGACAAAAUUAGUUUUUAAGUAUAAUUAUAGAAAGGUAGAAUUGAAAUCCAAUCACAAUAAACAAUUACAUUUUUUUUAUAAAA